AUGGGAAUGGAUGAAGGUGACAGAGAUGGAGGUUCUCAAAUUGCGUCCAUUAAUGAAGAUUCAAAUUCUUGUACUUCACAACAAUGCUCAUGGUCCAUAUUCUUUGAGGAAGUUGUUUGUCCAAAUGUGUUCUUGAACUUGGAAGGAAGGUUUCCCUCACCAGUGCUCAAGAAGGAUGCUAGGCAUAGGCCUGAUGCCAAAACACUGUUGUCUCACCCUUGGAUACAAAAUUCUAGGCGUGCUUUGAACUCUUUCCGCCACAAUGGAUCAAUAAGAAGCAUACAAGAAGAAGAUCCAGCAGAUGCAGACAAUUUAAAUGAAGAUAAUCAGAGCCCUGGUAAAAGCCAUUCUUCAGGGAAAGCUGAAAAGGCUUCUGUUGACUUCGAAAUCGAUUCCCGGAAAGAACUAGUAACUGAUGCUGCUGGUGUUAGUAAUUCUGAUAAAGAUUAUCCUUCAAAUUAUGAUAUUAUUGAGGAAAGAACUGAUAAAUUAGAAGAUGAUCUUCAGUCAGAUCAAGUUCCCACAUUAGCUAUCCAUGAAACAUCAUCUCUGCAAACUGGUUCUCAUAGACUAUCUGCCAAUAAAGUUGCAGCUGUCUGUGCUUCACUUCAUGGCUCAACACAUUUGCAUGACCAGGAUGCGAGUCCCAUUAAUGGUGAGAUCAAGUCUCUUGAAGCAACAGCGAAAGAUGCAGAUAAAAAGCAUGGAGAAAAAGGAAGUUCCAGUCGUGUUGAGAGUAAAUCAUUUGGUUUUGCACCAAGUCGUCAAGAUAAUGGUCUUCAAAAGGCUGUGAAGGCUUCACUGGCAUUGGGAGGGAAUGAGCUUAGUAGGUUCAGUGACACUCCAGGAGAUGCUUCACUUGAUGAUUUAUUUCAUCCCCUGGAUAAAAACCUGGAUGAUCGGGCAGCUGAAACUUCAACUUCUGCAUCAACAUCACAUUUAAACCAAGGCAAUGCGUCUGUAACUGAGGCAGGGAAAAAUGACCUGGCUACAAAGUUGAGGGCUACCAUAGCCCAAAAGCAGAUGGAGGGUGAAACAGGGCAGACAAAUGGUGGUGGUGACCUCUUUCGCCUAAUGAUGGGUGUUUUAAAGGAUGACGUGAUUGAUAUUGAUGGUUUGGUUUUUGAUGACAAAUUGCCAGCAGAAAAUCUGUUCCCCCUACAGGCUGUUGAGUUUGGAAGAUUAGUUGGAUCAUUAAGACCUGAGGAAUCAGAAGAUGUGAUUGCAUCGGCGUGUCAGAGACUUAUUGCUAUAUUUCAUCAGCGCCCUGAGCAGAAAAUUGUUUUUAUUACCCAACAUGGGUUGCUUCCAAUGAUGGAAUUACUUGAAGUUCCAAAAACUCGCGUUAUUUGCUCUGUCCUUCAACUCAUAAAUCAGAUUGUGAAGGAUAAUACUGAUUUCCUGGAAAAUGCAUGUCUUGUUGGCCUGAUCCCAUUGGUCAUGAGCUUUGCUGGACCUGACCGUCUCCGGGAAGUUCGAAUGGAGGCAGCCUAUUUCUUGCAGCAGCUUUGUCAAUCAAGCCACUUGACAUUGCAAAUGUUUAUUGCUUGCCGUGGAAUUCCUGUUCUGGUGGGCUUUCUAGAGGCUGAUUAUGCAAAAUACAGGGAAAUGGUUCAUCUAGCUAUCGAUGGCAUGUGGCAGGUCUUUAAGCUUCAGAGAUCAACCCCUAGAAAUGAUUUUUGUCGCAUAGCUGCGAAAAAUGGCAUACUGCUUAGGCUUAUAAAUACUCUUUAUAGUUUGAAUGAGGCAACUAGGCUAGCUUCUAUAUCUAUUGGAGCUGGAUUUCCACUGGAUGGUUCAGUUCAACGACCACGUUCUGGUUCGUUGGAUCCCAGCCAUCCCAUUUUCAUUCAAAGUGAGGCAUCACUUUCUUCAUUGGAUCAACCUGAAGCCCUUAAGGUCAGGCAUGGAAUGAUUGAGCAUCCUAUGUCAACGGGCACACAAGAACCUUCUCGAGCUUCUACUUCAAGUUCACAAAGGAUGGAUGCCAUUCAACCAGAUGCUAGAUACCACCUUGUGCAUGAUUCUGAUAGACCUCAAUCUAGCAAUGCAGCAUUGGAAACUUCGGCUGCUCUAGAUAAAGCUGGAAAUAUAGCCACCAAGGAAUCUUCAGUAACUGCUUCUAAAGAUCGAGACAACUUAGAAAGGUGGAAAGUUGAUUCAUCUCGAGCGAAAGUUGAUGGUCAGCAGCAGCGAUUAACUGGUUCUACUAACAGGGCAUCUACAGAUAGGCCACCUAAAUUGGUUGAAAAUGCGUCAAAUGGUCUUCCUGCCAUGGUAUCUACUCAACCAGAGCAAGUUCGACCCCUUUUAAGCUUGUUGGAGAAAGAACCACCUUCCAAGCAUUUCUCUGGUCAGUUGGAGUAUGUACGCCACCUCUCAGGUUUGGAAAGACAUGAAAGCAUAUUGCCUCUAUUACAUGCAUCUGGUGAAAAGAAAACAAACGGCGAAUUGGAGUUUUUGAUGGCAGAAUUUGCAGAGGUAUCAGGGCGUGGAAGAGAAAAUGGAAAUCUAGACUCUAUACCUAGAGUUUCACACAAGACAGUGAAUAAAAAGCUGGGAACAUUAGCAUCUAAUGAUGGAGCGGCUUCCACAUCUGGUAUUGCAUCUCAAACAACAUCAGGCGUGCUGUCUGGUUCAGGUGUUCUGAAUGCUAGACCAGGGAGUGCAACAUCAUCUGGAUUACUUUCCCAUAUGGUAUCAACAAUGAAUGCAGAAGUUGCCCGAGAUUACCUGGAAAAGGUGGCAGACCUUCUACUUGAGUUUUCUCAAGCAGAUACAACUGUAAAAUCCUAUAUGUGUAGUCAAAGCUUGCUUAGCCGCCUAUUUCAGAUGUUCAAUAGAAUUGAGCCGCCUAUUCUUUUAAAGUUACUCAAGUGCAUAAAUCAUCUGUCAACUGAUCCCAAUUGCUUAGAGAAUCUUCAGCGAGCAGAUGCAAUUAAAUUUUUGAUUCCAAACCUUGAACUCAAAGAUGGACCUCUUGUAGAGCAAAUUCAUCAUGAGGUUCUCCAUGCACUAUUUAAUCUGUGCAAGAUAAACAAGAGGAGACAAGAACAAGCUGCUGAAAAUGGAAUCAUUCCACACUUGAUGAAUAUCAUUAUGACAGAUUCUUCCUUAAAACAGUAUGCAUUACCUUUACUGUGUGACAUGGCUCAUGCAUCUCGUAAUUCAAGAGAGCAAUUAAGGGCCCAUGGUGGAUUGGACGUGUACUUGAGCCUGCUUGAUGAUGUAGUUUGGUCAGUGACAGCAUUGGAUUCAAUUGCUGUUUGCUUGGCUCAUGACAAUGACAAUCGCAAAGUAGAACAGGCAUUACUGAAAAAGGAUGCAGUCCAAAAAUUAGUGAAGUUCUUCCAAAGCUGUCCGGAACAACAAUUUGUGCAUAUUUUGGAGCCAUUUUUGAAAAUAAUCACGAAAUCAUCCCGGAUAAAUACUACAUUAGCUGUUAAUGGUUUGACACCUUUGCUCAUUGCAAGGUUGGACCAUCAGGAUGCUAUUGCUCGACUAAAUUUGCUUAAAUUAAUAAAGGCUGUCUAUGAGCAUCAUCCUCGGCCAAAGCAAUUGAUUGUGGAGAAUGAUUUGCCCCAGAAACUUCAGAAUUUGAUUGAGGAACGUAGAGAUGGGCAAAGUUCAGGAGGUCAAGUGCUCGUCAAACAAAUGGCUACUUCUCUGCUGAAAGCACUUCACAUCAACACUGUUCUGUAAAUUCACGUGAACCCAACUUGUAUAUCUUGUUUUUUUCUCAGAUGUAUUAUUAUUUUUGUUUUUUUUUUGUUUUGUUUUUUUUUUUUUUUUUUUUUUUGCUA